UUGUGGACAACACUCAUGCAUGCCUUUCCUCGGCAGUGUAUGUUGUAUUGUGUCACGGGAAGCAAUUAUCCAGUUUGGCUUUCUACUUCUUUAGCUAACUGCAGUGUACCUGGCAAUUUUCUUCAACCCUUCUCAUCAGAAGACGCUCCUGUCGAGUGUUAACCAUUUCUGUGAGAUAGCUGCAGUUCCAUCUUUGUUAAAUUUUACUCUGAUAAGUAAAGCUUUGCUGAUCUUCUUGUAGCCUUCACCUUUCUAGUGUAAAGAAUUUAUUUUCUUUCUCAGGUCUUGUGACAUUUCUCUUCCAUGUGGUGCCAUUGCUGACA